CUACCAUGGAUGAUUCUGGUAAUAGAAUUUGCCUCCAUUAACUAAUUCCCUGUCAUAACGUGAGCAUUAACCCAGACACAGAGGAGGUAUUGGCCGGUCGCAUACUAAAAUUAGUUGCUGACGUGCCGCGUCCUCAGGCAUCUGUCAUUAAGUAACUAACUAUAAGACUCCCUUAUCGACUUACCCAUAACUACUAACUUACUCCUACGUCACCGUUUGGCCAGUAAUCGGGGAUUCACUAAUUUGAUGGCGGCCCUUUUACAACCGGAUGGAGGGGCCUCCUCCUCAUUCACUUGGCUCCUCUUCUAUAUUAAGCUAUCAGCGGCCCUCAGCUCCGUCUUUCUCACUACCGUCGUUUUUUGGUUUUUCCGUCAACCCCAAAGUCCCAAUCGGUUUCGCACCAUCAUGUUACCAGACAGUGUCUACCAGCUCUGUCAUGAGGAGCAGACCGUCACCUCCGAGCUGCUGCGCGAUCCAUCCCAAUCCCCUCCAAAAGUCUUCCAACGCCUUUACCAUGACUAUAAAUCCAGAAAGCAGUCCGGGUCGAAGGAUUCGUUGACCGAUGCUGGAAAUGAACUGCAGAAAGUGGCAGAGUGCGGCAACUGGGGCAAUGCUCAGCCAAGCGAGCUUUUCCUGCAGAUCUACCACGAUGCGCUCUGUGCGUUAGACAAAAACCCAAUGGCGGGGGUUGUCUCCCCUCCGCUGAUGGGGAGCCAUGGUGUCGUCCCCCUGACGAUCAUCGCGCCUUUACCUGAUCUCUGUCGACACAUGGCAAACUGUAUCGUGCGCGCCGAGAAGGAGGUCUUUCUGGCGACCAACUUCUGGAUCCACUCCGACGCAUCAACGCUCAUCACCAAUGCAUUCCGCGAGCUCUCCGCCCGGGCAGGCGAGCGGGGUGACAAGGUGAUUGUGAAAAUGGUGUACGAUCGGGGCGACCCGCAGCAACUGUUUGAGAACCACUUGCCCGUACCGGAGAAGAAGUACAGCGGGGGGAAAGUGAAGCUUCCCUCGUCGGAGGAGAUUCCCAACAUCGACCUGCAGGUUAUCAACUACCACCGCCCCGUGUUUGGCACCUUCCAUGCCAAAUUCAUGAUCGUGGAUCGGCGCAUCGCGCUGCUGCAGAGCAGUAAUAUCCAGGACAACGACAACCUGGAGAUGAUGAUCCAUGUCGAGGGUCCCAUCGUCGACGGCCUUUACGAUACCGCAUUGAUUUCAUGGGGCCGGUCCCUUGAGCCGGCUCUGCCCAUGCUGGGCUCGCCAGCCACCGGGGCUGCCAUCCCCUGCCAGUCGACCGUGGAGCUGGACCACGCAGCACCAGCCCCGGGCCCACUCCCAGAGCUCACCAUCCACGAAUCCCACUAUGACCCGAAUCUGAAGCACGAAGCCGAGCGGAUGAACGGGCUCCUCGAACCACGCGACGGUGAAACCCGCACGCAAGCCGUCACGCGUCGUCUGAACACCACAAUCCAGCCCAACACCACAGGCGACGCUUCCGAGCGCGACCAAGAGCUGCCGAUGCAGCCCUACCUCAUCCUUCCCCCGCACGACCCUUUCCCAAUGGCCGUGAUCAACCGAGAACCCUGGGGAGCACCAAACCACACAAGCGUCCACACCCCGCAAAACAGCAGCUUUCUCGCCGCGAUCCGCAACGCCCGCGAAUCGAUCUUCAUCCAAACGCCCAACAUGAACGCCGAGCCUAUCGUACAAGCCCUGAUCGAAGCCAUCCAGACCCGCGGCGUGGUCGUGACCGCGUAUUUGUGUCUCGGCUAUAACGAUGCCGGCGAGCUCCUCCCCUUCCAGGGGGGCACCAACGAGAUGAUCGCGCAUAGGAUGUACAAGGCGUUGGAGACGGAGGAGCUCCGCGCCCGCCUACGCAUCUAUAAUUAUGUCGCCAAGGACCAGACCAAGCCGAUUCAUAAUAAGUUCAAGCGACGGAGUUGCCAUAUUAAGUUGAUGAUUGUGGAUGAGAAGGUUGCUAUUCAGGGCAACGGCAACCUAGACACCCAAUCCUUCUAUCACAGUCAAGAAGUUAACCUCCUCCUCGACUCCCCGGUCAUCUGCCGCGCCUGGCGCGAGGCUAUCGAUCGGAACCAGAACACCGCCCUCUACGGCGCCGUCAGCCCCGAGGAUGGCUGCUGGCACGAUCCCACCACCCACGAGAUUCCCGAGGGGUCGAUCGGCACGGAUCCGGGGAGGUUCAGCUGGGCGAAGGGGGUGGUUGGUGCGGUGCAGCGGGUGAGAGGGGCGGGAGGAUUUUGAUUUUUUUUCUCUUGGUGGGUUGGCACCCGAUGAGCAUGAGCGGGAUUCUUGUCUAUGAAUUAUAUGUUGUUGUUGUUGUUGUUGUUGUUGUUGUUGUUGUUGUUGUUGUGUUUGAGGGGAAAUGCGGAACGAAUAUUUCUGGUGUAUGAUAUAGUAAUUGUGUUUCUGGUAUAUAGUAAUAACGGACUUACUUUCUGAUUUUGA